AAAGGUGUGCACAAGGCAGAGGAGACGCCAACGCCGGUACUAACUCUUAAAUGCCGCACCGCAUCUCACAUAAUUAUUGCGGUUUUACUUGUGAUUGUUGUGAUGGUGCAGGGAGGUUUCCUUAACGCCUACUUCCUAAUUUGGAUGCCAAACAAUAUAUAUUUUUACUUGUUCUUUAUUCCCGACGUGGCGUGUGCCUGUUUGUUUAUGGUGUCGAUGAUGCUCUCCUUCCAGCACCUCGUGCGAAUCCAUUACGGUCAAUCGAGCAAGACACUGGACGCCAUGUUCCCAGUGAAAGUGAAUCGUCGCUUUUCAGUAUACUAUUUUGGUCUUUUUCCUCUAAGCUACAUAUCCUGGAUAUUUUACACUUCGAUCCUGUUGACCAAAAUUAUUAUGUUCUUAUAUUUC